CAACUUGCCAAACACGUCAAUGGGUCGUAUAUCUUUGCUACGAUAAAGAACUUCUAAGUCCAGAGCUAAAAACGGUUUGUUAUCAGUGCUGAGCGGUUGACCAGUGCACGGUCCAAAGUAUCCGUCAGUGUCGAACCGACCACGAAGAUGGCGACAACCGAGCGAAUUCUCCGAAUCACGUGGCUGAUUGCAGCCCUGGUUCUGCCCUCAGCUAUUCAAGCAGCGGACAUCAACCCCUUCCUGGCAGGAGGAACUCCCUCCCCGAUCGGAGCGCAUCCGGCCCACAUCGGAAUCAACAUCGGCCAGAAUGUGUUCUGCGGUGGAACGAUCCUCAACCAGAACCACAUCCUAACGUCCGGCAGCUGCGUCCUGGAUGGCCAGAACAACCUGCGAGCCGCCGGCGAGUUCCUGCUUCGGAUCGGAGUCAUCACGAUCGACGCGACCACGCCCUGGAUGGGCGUCAUCCGGGUGUUUGUCCACCCCCACUACAACCCGUUCACGUUCGAGAAUGACAUCGCGAUCCUGCGCACCAACGGCGACAUGACCUUCCCGGUGGUGGCUACCCCGCACAUGGCCCCAGCCGAACUGAUUGACCGGAUCGUACCGGAAAACGCCGCCUGCGAGGUCGUCGGCUGGAAUUGGCUGCCCGGGACGCCCAGCAUGAACCUGCAGCAGCUCGGCGUGACGGUGUACCCGCGGACCGCCUGCCAGACCAUGUUCCAGGGAAUGAUCCGGGACUCGAUGAUGUGCGCGGCGGCUGCCCAGGCCAACCAGGGCAUGUGCGUUGCGAACCGCGGAGGUGGGCUGUACUGCAACGGUCGGCUCACCGGGGUGGCCUCGUUUGGGUUCGGAUGUGCGGCCAACAGUACGGCGACGGUGUUCACCCAGGUGCGCUACCACCGGCAGUGGAUACAGCAGCAGUUUGGGCGGGCGGACAAUCCGGGACCGGGGCCGACGCCGAUGCCGGGAGUUGAUGGUGCAACUUCGCUCAAGCAAUCCGCCGUUGCGUUCCUGUUGGCAGCCAUGAUGGUUAUUCUUUUGAGAUAGUUUCAUAAAGUUAUGUUUAAUAAAAAUAAAGGAAACCAUU